GGCGGCCUUGACCCACUGCGCAGGCGCCGAGCGGUGUGUUUCGGGAUUUGUAGUUCCGCACGGCCUUGUGGGAAUCGUAGUUUGAGUACCAGCCCGGUGCAGGAUCCUGGGCGGCCUAGAUUUGGCGGCUGCUGCUGGCUCCCUCUCCCUAUGUGCUCCUCUGAGCCCACCUGAGCCGACCCGAAGGGACCGGAAGUGAAACCACAGGUGCAACAUGAACUGGAAGGCACUGGAGCACGUACCCCUGCUGCUGUACGUCCUGGCUGCCAAGACCCUGAUCCUCUGCCUGGCAUUCGCCGCCGCCAAGAUGUACCAGAGACGACAGCUGGAUGCCAAGCAGCAGAAGCUGGGAGCCGAGAAGAAGGCACCAGUGGUGAAGAAGGAGAGUUAGAGGCAAGUCCAGCUCCCUGGACGGAGUGCACGCAGGAGCUGAGCUGGGUCGGGGCGAGC